AUGUGCGAACUUCACCCCUACAGGUGCCCGGUUUGUGCGACCCACUGGCAAGGGCAUCAGAAGCUGGCCAGUUGCGAGCAGAGCGACCCUGAGACGCGAUGUCCCGAAAGACUUUGCAUGUAUGUCGGCAAUCCAAAGAGACCCAGGAGGAAAGAAUGCGAGAGCUGUGCCCAAGUGAGGGAGUUGCUGGAAGAAUACGAGAUCGACAAGGGCAACAAGGGCACAUGA